ACUGAAGUUCCACCACUGUAAUUUCAGAGAUAUAAAUACUAAUCACUUGAUUAUUUUUUCAGUGUAGACACAUUCAUCAAUCAAUAAUGUUCGCUAAGAUUUUGAGCCUUUCCGCCGUUGUGGCUUUCGCCAGCGCUGGUCUUUUGGACUACCACCACGCCCCAGCUCAAAGCAGCGCCUACUCCACCGUCCACGUGUCCCAACCCUUGGCUCAUGCUCCAGUCCUCGCUCAUGCUGCUCCAGUACUCGCCCACGCCGCCCCAAUCUACGCCCAUGCCGCCCCAGCUCACCACAACGUAGACUACUACGCCCACCCCAAAUACGAAUACAACUACGGAGUGCAAGACCCCCACACCGGUGACCACAAGACCCAACACGAAGUACGUGAUGGUGAUGUAGUAAAGGGCUCCUACACCGUUGCUGAACCUGACGGUACCCUCCGUACUGUCCACUACACCGCCGACGACCACAACGGUUUCAACGCUGUCGUAGAAAAAUCCGGACACCCUGUCCCAGUUGUCAAGAAACUCGUCGCCGCCCCAAUUGUAGCUGCUCCAGCUCAUUAUUACCAUCAUUAGGGCCCAAAAUGUGUUUUAUUUAUUUUCUAUUUUUGUAAAUUGUUUUUUCUUAAUAAAACU